UUUGGUUAAUGUCUAUGGAAACACGGGCGCGGCUGAAGGUUCCGCCUGAAUAUUGUGAUCUGUCAGUGCGAAUGUGAUACACGUAACGCAAGCUAAGAGAUAAGGAAGCGUUGCACAGGUCAUUUUCCACGGCGAUGUGAUCGAGGAUUUGAACCAUCUCUUGAGUGAAGUGCCUCCAUCCAAAGACAUGGCAGAGCAAGAUCACCACCCCACAGCAGAACGCAAGGAAGAAGACGAAAAGCAGUCCACGACAAAUCAUGACGAUUCACCCGCUGACAACAAAGAGGAAAGAGAUCCGGAUGGAAAGCGGCAACUCCCAGAAGAUUCAGUUUCAUCAUCUGCAUCCACAAACAGUGGGACUAAGAACAACAAUGGUGAAGACAUGACGCAGCCUGUUAAAACUUCGAACCUUCUCUUGAGUGAAGUGCCUCCAUCCAAAGACACAGAUCACCACCUCACAGCAGACGGCAAGGAAGAAGACGAAACGCAGUCCGCGACGGAUCAUGACGUGAACAAAGCGGGAGAGACUGAUCUGGAUGAAAAGCAGAAACUCUCAGAAGCUAAAUCUGCAAGCGAGCUCGACGGUGAUCCGGCUGACGCGGUGCCUCCAGAUGUCGACACCACGCUGAACAGAACCCCUCCUCCGGGUGAUGUGGGAAGUCACGGUGAUCCGGCUGGAGCGGGGAGGGGGCCUCCAGAUGUCGACGCCACGCUGAACAGAACCCCUCCUCAGGGAGGUCAAGGUGAUUACAACAGAGAGACCAUACCAGCUGAGGAGAAGCUCAGAGAGUACAACACUGGGGAGAAGAAAGCAUCAGAAACAACCUCCCCACCAACUCUGGGUGACGCGAAGGACGACCAAGUAGAUGGACCUAAAGAAGAAAGCCCCGACACGAACAACACUAACACUGGAGACGAUGAUGGAAGCGGCCGGAAGAAGGUUUUAACUCGUAAAGCAGAAAAGGGAACUCGGAGCAGAGCUUCCUCACAGACACAGCAAGAUGUUGAAACCAUUGGUCCUACCACUCAGGAGGCGGCUCAUGUUCCAGAGGGAAAUCUUCGAGGUAGUAGAAUAUUCGUGAUGGCGGGUAUAUUGUUAUUUUUUGCCAUCAUGGGACAAUAUCUCCUCCAAGUCGAGUCUCCACUUCAGAAAAAAGAUGUGCGGCAGAUAGACAUCUUCCUCGGGCAGUUUGAAAAAGUAAAGACUCGCUUCCCUAACCAGCGUGCAGAGCUCUGGAGUAGGAGCAAGAUCCACCUGCUGAGGCACCUGGAGACAGCUCAGCCCACAGAGCCAGUCAGUCUGAUCCUGACGGCAGGCCACGGGGCUGAGAGGACACUGCACUGCCUGGCUCAGAGCCUGGCCUCCGCCUUCUCUACUUCCCUCAACGCCUCCGUCCUCCACAUCGAUGGAGCCAGCAAAGCCGGCCAGGACAGCGACCAGGUCAAACUGGACAUCGACGGCAAGUUGCAGGGAGCUUUCGAAGGAGACAAACCCGUGGCCGUCAUCAACCGCUUCGAGGAGCUGCCCCCGGGCUCCACGCUCAUUUUUUAUCGCUACUGCGACCACGAGAACGCCGCCUACAAGAAUAAAUGUCUGAUCUUCACAGUACUGCUCGGGGAAGAGGAGGAGAUUCCCGCCGAGGCUCGUUUGAGCUCUGUGGAGGAGAUGGUGGACGACCGCCUUCAGAAGAAGUUCCUCUCCGAUGGCCGUCCGCUAGCUUUCGACAGGAUGGACCUCGACAAGUACGGGGGAUUGUGGAGUCGCAUUUCUCACCUCAUCCUGCCUGUGGCGGCAGACAAAAGGAUAGAACAUGAAGGGUGCUUGUGGACAUGAAUAGUCACUCUUGAACUUUUAGUCUGAGCACUCAGCUACCGGUCUGUUUCAGUCCUUCUGAGGCGAGUAGCAGCGGCUUUAAUGGCCCAAAGGUUUCUUACAUAAACUAUAUUGAAUCUCACCACAGAUAAAGACAUCAAGUAGAAAUAAGACGCUUAUAAUAUUAUGAGGAUAAUGCUAUGGGAUAUAUAUGUGAUUCACAUUCAUCGCAAAAAGGCUGUGGUGUUUUAUUCUUGUGCUACUUUGAUCAGAUGUAACCUAUAGAGCAGUUGUCAGAUGAAAGGGGAUUUGACUGGGUUGUACAAGGCAGAACUAUUCUUCUGGUAUCUCAACACAGGGUUUAUGAUUGUUAUGAUAAAUGUGUUUUUCUGCGAUUCUCAAACCUACACGGCACCACAUGUCUUAACUGAACUGCCUAUGUUCCUUUUUAUAUAAACAUGUACAUGUUUCACACUACAGGAAGCAUUUUAAUGGGGAUAAGUGCAUAAAUUGAAUGUGCCUUAAAGUGCAAAUAAACAGGUAAUUUCAAAUUC